CAGCUGUCAAACCACCUAUAAAUAAUUGGGUCGCACCAAAAUUUCUAAUAGUAACUUUUUUGGUGGUUUUGUUGUUUGUAAAAUUUCAAUGAUUGGAUAAAUAAUAAUAUUAAACAAACUACAACUUGCAGAUAGCGAGGUCUGCUACAAACAAAAGGAAUUGCAAUCUUGAGGGGAAUAUCGUUUUAGAGGAGCGGCUGGCAAUAUGUCGAACCUAUCGGUGGGGCAGAUGAUAAUGGACGCGCAGCGCAUGGCCAGUCGUGUCAAGGAUUUGGAUGCACUGGGAACAGCGUUGUUGGAGGAGGCGGAGACUAACAAUCGUCUGGUGGAGAGUUUGCGACAAUAUCAGGACGACAUAGAGUCCUUAAAUCGCAUCUCCAAUAACAAAUCCAAUGUGGAUAUGGUGAAUCGUAUACAGCAACAAAAUGUCAACAGCUCCGAAAUCCUUAAAGAGAAUCGCGAGCUGAAAAUCUGCAUUGAGGAUUACGAGCGGGCCAUGGAACUGAUGAUGCAAAAGUACCGCGAACACACAGUUACCAAAGUUCUCGAUAGCAAAUUCAAUUUCAAAGAGCUGUACAACGAACGGCUGUGGCAGGUGAUACGUGAUCAGCGCGAUAAAAUCAACGAAAUGGCAGCGGUAAUGCAUCGGGCGGCGACUGCCGAUGAUGAGAAUGUGCAGCGGGAACUGCAGACAAUUUCACAGCUGCGCAUGGAGAAUGAAACGUUGCGUGAACUACUGGAAAUCUCAAAGCAUUACGGUUCAGCGCAGCGUCCCAUACGCGACUCUGAUCAUCUGCUCGAGGAGAAGGCGGUGCAAACGGAUAGUCAGGCGGAUGACUCCGCCGACGAUCUGUCCAUAUCAGGUGCCUCAGUGGAGAACAUGAACAACAAUUCAGUCAUACAGUUGUAUAGCAGCCCAGAGCUGCCGAGCAAUAAUUCAGCAAACAACACUGCCUCAGUCAACGCUUCUAGCGCUGCUCCGUUAACCAACACUGUUGAAGAUGCCACAGCUAUAACUGUUGUGGAUGCUGUUGAGAACACAAACGCCAAUGAGAAUAAUAACGGACCUGCUGCCCAUAGCACGCCAGAAUCUGGCAAAGCGACGGUGGCAGCGACGCCGACAGCGACGGCAACUGAACUGGAGGAGGAUGUUGCGAAGUCCAUUGCGGGUUCCAGUGCAACAUGAUGAUAGGUGCUGUUACAGCAAUGUCAACGUUGCAUUAUCAUCGUCAGUCAAUCAUCAUUGUUAAUUUGUAUUCGCUUCAAAUGGCACAUUAUUAAUUUUCCAAGCAUUAACGACAUAAACACACACCUACACAGCACCUCCAUUUAGUUCAUACUUGCAUACAUUACUAUACAUACAUAUGAUUAUUACUCUGCAUUAGUUCGUAUCGACUAAUAAUCUCUAAGUAAUUUAUACAAAAAAAAUAACAUAUAUGCAAAAUAACGUCUAUACAUAGCGGAAAACAACAUUCAUCAAAACCUAAAACACCACACACACAUAAAUACAAUUUGUAAUCCAUGUUGUACUCUGUCGACUUUAUGAUUUCUUAAUAAAUUCCAUAAUGUGAAG